AAAGCAAAAGCCACGUUUCAGAUUUCUUCUGAACAGAACACAGAUUUGUGUGUCACCUUGAAGCAGGAUGGUGAUUCUCAGAAAAGGUGAUCACAUAUGGAUGGAACCCCCUUCAGGCAGUGAGCACAAUGUGCCUAUUGGGGCAGUUGUGAAGAUUUCUGAAUCAGGGCGAUUGUUACUAGAGGAUGAUGAAGGCAAGGAACAUUGGAUCUUGACUCGGAACAUCAAUACUGUGAGACCAAUGCAUCCCACAUCUGUCCAAGGAGUAGAAGAUAUGAUAUGCCUCGGAGACCUUAACGAAGCUGGCAUGGUGCGCAACCUCCUUUUUCGCUAUAAGGAGCACAAAAUCUAUACCUAUACAGGCUCUAUCUUAGUAGCAGUGAAUCCGUACCAAGAGUUGCCGCUAUAUACUAUGGAACAAAUCAGACUCUACUGUAACAAAAGGAUUGGGGAAUUGCCACCUCAUGUCUUCGCCAUCGCAGACAACUGUUAUUUCAACAUGAAGAGAAAUAAGAGAGACCAGUGCUGUGUCAUCAGUGGAGAAUCUGGAGCUGGGAAGACUGAAAGCACAAAGCUGAUAUUGCAGUUCUUAGCUUCUGUCAGUGGUCAACAUUCUUGGAUUGAGCAGCAGAUUCUAGAGGCCAAUCCCAUUUUAGAAGCUUUUGGAAAUGCCAAGACAAUUAAAAACGACAAUUCAAGCCGCUUUGGGAAAUACCUUGACAUUCACUUCAGUCAAAAUGGGGUGAUUGAAGGAGCCCGGAUAGAACAGUUCCUUCUGGAGAAGUCCCGGGUUUGUCGCCAGGCUCCAAAUGAAAGGAACUAUCACAUCUUUUACUGCAUGUUAAUGGGAAUGAAUAUAGAACAGAAAAAGAUGCUAAAUCUGGGCACUGCUGCUGAGUACACCUACCUUACUAUGGGUGACUGUACUUCUUGUGAAGGUCGUAAUGAUGCCAAAGAAUAUGUUCAUAUCUGCUCUGCUAUGAAGAUCCUCAUGUUCUCUGAUUCUGAGCAUUGGGAAAUAAGCAAACUGCUGGGAGCUAUUUUGCACCUGGGGAAUAUGGAAUUUGAAGCUGCUGUGUAUGAUAAUUUGGACUGUUCUGCUGUGCUGGAUUCAGCACACUUCUCUAUUGCAACCAAACUGCUUGAGGUAGAUUCUGGGGAACUCCACAAUAGUCUUACAAACCAUUCUAUCAUCAUUCGAGGGGAAAGUGUCUCCAUGCCCUUAAGUGUUGCCCAAGCUGCUGAUGUGAGAGAUGCCUUUGUGAAGGGUAUCUACGGGUUCCUGUUCUUGUGGAUAGUGAAUAAGAUCAAUGCUGCAAUUUACAACCCACCCUCACAAGAUAAUAAGAACAUCUGCAGGUCCAUUGGACUACUGGAUAUCUUCGGUUUUGAAAAUUUUAAUAUCAACAGUUUUGAACAGCUGUGUAUCAACUUUGCCAAUGAGCACCUCCAGCAGUUCUUUGUGCAACAUGUCUUCAAGUUGGAGCAGGAGGAAUACCUGGCUGAGCACAUCUCCUGGAACCACAUUGACUUCACUGAUAACUACACAGCCUUAGAAGUGAUUGCACUCAAACCCAUGAAUAUUGUGUCGCUCAUUGAUGAGGAAAGCAGAUUCCCUAAGGGCACUGACACUACCCUGUUAAACAAAAUUAACUCUCAUCAUGGCAGAAGUAAAAUCUAUAUUGCACCAAAAAAUGUCCACGACACAGUCUUUGGAAUCAAUCACUUUGCUGGUGCUGUUUAUUAUGAGUCAAAAGGCUUUCUUGAGAAAAAUCGUAACAUGCUUAGUUCUGAUAUAAUGCAGUUGGUUCAUUCAUCCAAAAACAAAUUCCUCAGGCAAAUCUUCCAGGUGGAUGCAACAAUAAAUGUUGCUGCUUUUGGGCGUGGGAGCAUCAGGCAUCUUGGAGUCGAUCCUGCCCUCAAGGGAACUGAUACUAUCAAACGCAUGUCUACAUUAGGAGGUCAGUUCAAACAGUCUCUGGAGCAGCUAAUGAAAAUCCUGAGUACCUGCCAGCCGUAUUUUAUCCGCUGUCUCAAACCGAAUGACCACAAGAAGCCAAUGUUGUUUGACCGAGAACUCUGCAUCCAACAGUUGCGCUAUUCUGGGAUGAUGGAAACCAUUCGGAUUAGGAAAGCUGGUUAUCCAAUUCGCUACAGUUUUGCAGAGUUCUUUGCAAGAUACCAAGUCCUGCUGCCAGCAUCUGCUCGAGAAAAGGUGAAGAAUGAUGCUCGCCAGUGCUGCAUUUACAUCUGUGAAACAGUGAUGGGAAAAGAUGAUGAAUGGAAAAUUGGAAAGACCAAAGUUUUCUUGAAAGACUAUCACGAUGCAGUACUUGAGGGGCAACGAGACAAAGCACUCGCAGAGAAAGCGAUUCUUAUUCAGAAAGUGCUAAGGGGAUUCAAAGACAGGAAACAGUUUCUGAAGCAGAGGCACUGUGCUGUGGUUAUUCAGACAGCCUGGAGGGGCUAUUACUGUCGGAAGAACUUUAAGAUGAUCAUGCUAGGCUUUGAACGCCUGCAAGCCCUUUUUCGGAGCCGACAGCUUGCAAAACAGUACGAGACAGCCCGGGCAAAUGUGAUUAAGUUCCAAGCCUUGUGUCGGGGUUAUCUGAUGCGUCAGAAAAAAGCUGAACAGCUGAAUGCUGUGUGUGUCAUUCAGGCUUAUGCCAGGGGGAUGUUUGCCCGUAGGAGUUUCCAAAGAAUGAAGAAAGAGCAGCAACACCUACUUGAAGGCAGAAAGCCACACUUGGAGGAUGAAAAGCAGCUCCUACAAAUAACUGGAGCUAGGAAAGCAAGAGAAGAAACUCUCAGAGUAGAAAAGGAGUGCCCAGCAGCUCUGGAGUUUGAAAAAGGAACUAGCAAGCAAAAGCAACAGGACACUGUUGACAGCAAGCAUGAUGCGCUUUAUGAUGUUAUCAGCGACCAGGAAAUGGUGGACAGAGUGUUUGGUUUUUUACCUUCUUUAAUUGGAGGUCAAGAAGGACAAGCUCCCUUGGGCUUUGAGGACCUAGAGAAAAAAAUACCCAAGCUGAAUGAGAUAGACUUGGAUAUGAUCCCAAUGACCAUGGACCUGGAGGAAGAGGAGGCUGAUGACCUAGCAGAAUACACAUUCCCCAAAUUUGCAGCCACUUACUUCCAGGGAUCUUCUACACAUACCCACAUUCGACGGACAUUGCGCCACCCGCUGCUAUACCAUGAAGAGAAGGAUGAUGUUCUGGCAUCUCUAGCUGUUUGGACUGUCAUCUUGCAAUUCAUGGGUGAAUUACCAGAGCCAACAAAGAACACCAGCAGCAAGAGCAGCUCUGAGGUGACUCCGAUCUAUGACAGCCUUAGCAAGAAAAGCCAGCUUCCAUCCACAGCCACCACCAGCCCUGAACUGAGAGAAAAUAGGAAGGACAACAAGUUCUCCAAGGUAGUUUCAUCUGUGAAGCUAAAACGCAGCUCCAAAGUAACUGGAAAGGUGACAAACCAGCUGGCCAGUGAGGAAAGUACUCAGGAGGAGAGCGCUGUGUCUGAGAGACCUAUGUCUAACCUUGAAAAGGUGCACUUCGUUAUUGGUAAUGCCAUCCUGCGUCCUGCCAUCAGGGAUGAGAUUUACUGCCAGAUCUGCAAGCAGCUUUCUGAGAAUAACAACAAGACCAGUUAUCUUAGAGGCUGGAUACUACUGUCUCUCUGUCUUGGCUCUUUCCCUCCUUCAGAAAAGUUUGUGAAGUUCUUAUUGAAUUUCAUCCGAGGUGGACCGACAUUGUAUGCACCAUACUGUGCUGAAAGACUGAAGCGCACAUAUGUCAAUGGAGCACGGUCUGAGCCACCUAGUUGGCUGGAACUUCAGGCAACAAAAUGUAAGAUGCCCACCAUGCUCAGUGUGACCCUGAUGAAUGGAAGCAGCAUCACAGUCCCUGCAGAUUCAGCUUCCACUGCAAAGGAAAUCUGCCAGAUGAUAGCUGAUAAAAUAAAGUUGAAGGACACCUUUGGGUUCUCUCUCUACAUUGCUUUGUAUGACAAGGUUUGGUCACUAGGUAGCGGACGGGAUCACAUCAUGGAUGCCAUUUCACAGUGUGAACAGCUGGAAAGAGAGAAGGGCGGCCAUGAGCGUUACACGCCCUGGCGUCUCUACUUUAGGAAAGAGAUCUUCUCUCCCUGGCACAACUCUAAAGAAGAUCCAGUCAGCACUGAACUCAUCUAUGAUCAAAUCAUUCGUGGUAUCCGAUUUGGAGAAUACCGUUGUGAGAAGGAGGAAGACUUGGUGGAGAUAGGAGCCAAAUAUUGUUAUGUCCAGUUUGGAGAGUCCAUCCAAAAUGACUUGGUUCGGAACAUACUUCAGGAAUGUAUCCCAGCAAAGCUACUGAGAUCCAAGCCCCAGGAGAAGUGGGUGAGCCUCAUCACAUAUGCUCAUGCCAAGGCCCUAUACACGCAGGACAGGCAUUCACCUCAGAGUGUGAAAGAACAGCUGGUGGAUUUUGCCCGCUUUCAGUGGCCCCUGCUCUUUUCUAGGUUCUUUGAAGUUACCAAAUUUUCAGGGCCCAGCCUGCCGAAGAACCAUUUCAUAGUGGCAAUUAACUGGAAAGGUAUUUGCUUUCUAGAUGAUUCUGAAAAGAGACUUCUAGACCUGUCAUUUCCAGAAAUUACUGGCAUUCAUACCAGCAGGGCAGUCAAGGCAUUCGGACAAAGUUGCACCCUUACCACUUUGCGUUCAGAAGAAUUUGUCUUGACAUCAGUCAACAGUGUUGUCAUUGCAGAAUUAGUGGUCAUGUUUCUGGAAGGACUAAAGAAGAGAUCACAAUAUGCUGUAGCAAUGCAGGAGAGCAAGCAGCAAGAGGACUUAACAAUCCUGUCCUUUAAGAAGGGGGAUUUGCUGAUUCUAAACCGGGAGAGAAGACUAGAAGAAAGUCAAGGCUGGAUCCAUGCUCAGAAUGAACGAACCAACAAAUCUGGGUUUGUUUCAGAAGAGUGUAUCUAUGUCCUCCCUUCUGUUACAAAACCUUCGAGUCAAAUACUGAGUUUGUUGAUGAUGUCACCUGAACAACGGCGGUUGGCAUCAUUAAACUCUCGCGCAGAGGAGCCUGAGGAGGAGGAAGUUAAGGUGAAACCAUAUACUCUUGAAGAAUUCUCCUAUGAGUACUUCAGGGUUCCUGAGAAGGAGUCCAUCAGCAGGGCUGUCUUACACAAGUCCCGUGGGCGGAGUCCCCUAUGGGCUCACUCUCGGGAGCCUUUGAAACAGCCCUUACUGAAGAAGGUGUGCGCCAAUCCAGACCUCUGGGACUUUGCUUGCCAGACAUUCAUUGCUAUCAUGAAAUACAUGGGAGAUUACCCCUCAAAGCAAGAGCGAUCUCCUGUAGAGCUCACUGACCAGAUAUUUGUAGUGGCUAUUCAGGAAGAAAUUCUGCGUGAUGAGAUCUACUGUCAGAUCAUGAAGCAGCUCACAGAGAAUAGCAACAGGUACAGUGUGAGCAAUGGUUGGCAGUUACUCUGGCUCUGCACAGGCCUUUUCCCUCCUAGUAAAUCUCUGCUGAAACAUGCUCAGAAGUUCAUGGAGACUCAUCAUAAGGAGAACCUGGCUUUAGAUUGCAAGCGUAGAAUCCAGAGGGUGAUGAGGAGUGGCUGUCGGAAGUGGGCCCCCCACAGUGUGGAAGUGGAGGCGAUCCAGAAGAAUAUUACAAAGAUCUCCCACAAGGUUUACUUUCCAAAUGAUACCGAGCAGGUAUUUGAAGUAAGGACACACACAAAAGUGCGGACUCUGUGUCAGACUAUUGCCUGCAAGCUGGAACUGAGUUCUUGGGAAGGAUUCAGCCUCUUUGUCAAGACUGCAGACAAGGUGAUCAGUCAGAAUGAAGCCGAUUACUUCUUUGACUCCUUGAGACAAGUGACAGACUGGAUACGGAAGAACAAGCUUGGCAAAGAGGUGGUUCCUGUGACUGUGAAUUACCAGGUAUAUUUCAUGAGAAAAUUAUGGCUCAGUGUGACUCCUGGGAAAGACUUGAAGGCAGACUGCAUCUUCCAUUACCACCAGGAACUACCCAAGUAUCUGCGAGGCUAUCACAAGUGCUGCAAAGAGGAUGCCGUCCAGCUAGGUGGACUGAUCUUCAAAGUUCAUUUUAAGGAUUGUCAGCAGGCAGCAAUCCCCAAAACGCUGAAGGAACUAGUGCCUGAGAACAUGAUCCGAACAACCUCUCCAGAGGAGUGGAAGAGGAGCAUUAUUUCUGCCUGCAGUAAACAUGAACAGAAAACUGAGGAAGAGGCCAAGGUUGCCUUCUUGAAGUCCAUCUGUCAUUGGCCAACAUUUGGCUCAGCCUUCUUUGAAGUGAAGCAAACCUCAGAGCCAAGUUUCCCAGACAUUGUCUUGAUUGCUAUCAACAAACAAGGAGUAUCUUUAAUACAUCCAAAGACUAAGGAGAUCCUGACAGUUUACCCCUUCAAUAAAAUCUCCAACUGGAGCAGUGGCAGCACAUACUUCCAUAUGACCAUAGGGAACCUGGUUCGAGGCAGUCGGCUUCUGUGUGAGACAUCAUUGGGAUACAAAAUGGAUGACUUGUUGACAUCGUAUGUGCAGCUGUUAAUGAAUGCUGUAAACAAACAGAAAAAUCCCAGUCUUCCUGCCUGAGAAUGACUAUAGUCCAUCUUUCACAACUUUGCCAAAUCACCAAUAUCAUAGCCUAGAAGAAAUUCAUUUUAAGUUUGCAUCUGUCAGCUCUAAUGGCAUCUCAUGCUGCUGAAGCAGCAGAGCCACAUGUGCACUCAUGCUGACUCUACAGUUUAAUCACUCCUGACUUGAUGUACCACUUCAGGGAUUUCAGCAUAGGUGGCUUUUAUUCCAAAGCAAUCUCUCAGGGAGUUCAGUAACAGCAGUCUCCUUUCCAGGCUUACAUUGGGUUAUCUGCCCAUUACAAAAUGUACAUAAUUCUCCCCUCCUCUAUUUUAUCCUCACAAAACCUCUGUGAGAGUUUGAAACAGAAUCCAAAGUCAUGAGGCAAGCUUCAUUAUCGAUUGAGGAUUUGAACCCAGGUUUUGGCCAUCCUAGUCUGGUAUUUUAAAUUUUUUUACCACAAUGGCUCACUAUCUUAGUCUUUCUGCUUGAGCAGGAAAGAAAUGCACCUUGAUAUGCUCUCUCAGUAUGAACCUCAGCACUCCACAGCAAAAAGGUGGCUGUUUACCUUUUAUUUGCAGAGGAGUUACAUUGAAAAGCAGCAGCAUCUCCCUGAAGUGAGGAUUCAGGCUGCUCUGUGAAUGUUGCCUUCGCUUGAGCGUACUAAUGUGUUUCACCACCCUCUAAUUGUGUCUAGUUGUCUACCAGUCUGCUCUUCUCACCUCCGAAUGGCAGAGAUAAAGCCAGCAAGACCACUGGACCCAAAUUUGCUCCUGUCUGCUGGAGUUCACACUUAUAUAAAGUGUGACUAUCUUCUCUAGAGAAUAAGCACUCUAUUUUUUUUAAGUUUUAUAGAUUGAUUCACAGUCUUCAAAGAGACAACAAUAGCAGUUAACAUAAUUGCUGAGUUUUUAAAAAAAUUAUUCCUUGAUCUUUCUGCUGCUUGCUUUGGGUCAAAUAAUUUCAGCAGGACAACUGGCUUUAGAAUCUACGCAUCAUAUGGUCUUUAUCUUUUCUGUCUAUCACAGACUUUUUAGUUAAAAUUGUUCUUAUGGUAAAACCAUUCCUGUAAUUUGAAGAACUGAAAACUCACUCUUGUUUGUAGAAAGGAGAGACCAAACUUGUUCUUCCCAAAUCAGAUACACUAAGUGCUGUAGGUACAUUUACACCAAGUUCCAUAAGGGACAUUUCAGCAGCUGUAAAAAACCAGCUCUGUUGGCUUUCGCUCUGUCAUCUGUCAAAGUAGUUAUCUGUUGUGUCUAGAAAAGGGUGUGCAGUUUUUGCAGACAGGCUUUUUGUGCAUGUUUGAUGGGAGAUUAAUGUCAGUAUCUUUGUGCAGCGAAACAAGUGCCACAGUUUUCAGAGUACUUGACCUCAUGCAAGCAGGCAGCCGGCUAUCCCACAUUUAGAAGCCACUGCUAGCAAUGGAUUAUUUGAAACUAGAUGGAUCCAGGUAACUGUGAAUGCUGAUUAUUCCCGAAUGCUUAAAUUCAGUUAGCUGUUUUAAUGUUUGAUAUUAUUAAUGUUUUAUUAUCGAUAUCAAAAUUGUUUCCAAUUUUUUUUAAAAAAAUGCAGAAUGGCAAAAGUGCAGAUUUUAUCUUCUUUCCAGAAAUAUACACUGUACUAAACAAUAUAAAUCAAUAAACUGAAAGAUCUUGAAGAAACAAUCAGAGUCUAAUAUUAUCAUACUCCUAAUGCUGCAGUCUGGAAGAAAUCCUUACUAAAUACCAGUAGAAGUUGUGACUCCAUCCUUACUUGAUAAACGAAACAGACAUUCUGUUUUCCAUUAAAGCAUAAUGGCCCACUUCUGUAUUCUUGGAGGCUGAAAUAUAUUUUGUCAUAUAAACUAAUACAGCAUGGAAGUGAUUGGGCAUCACAAUAAACCUGGGGCCAUCUAACAAGGGUUUCAUAGCUAUGGAACUCAGGUGUUGCAUUACAGACAAGUAUGUCUGUAUUUACACGUUGCGCACAGAAUCUAAAAGAGAGAUGCAGCAUUAUAAUCUAGAAUUGCUACAUCACAUAACUUAAA